AUGCUUCCUCUGGCGUUGCUGCAGACGCUCCUGUCGCGCCGGUUUCUUGCGCGCGAGGAAGCAGAGCGAUGUUAUGCGGCGCUUGAGGAUGCGAUGGAAGAGCGAGGUCCUGGGCUGGAUGAUGCGAUAACGCUACUGAAUGAAAGGCUGGCUGGCGUGAGCCUUGAAAUUCGCGCGUGCCACGACCAGAUUUCGCGCGCGCAGUUCCUUGUACUGGUAAACACCAAGGCAGAUACCCUAGCGGAGCUCGCAACGCCGUACACGCCGACUGAGCUUGUGUAUAUAAAAGCCAUACUGGAAGCCAUAUGGACUGCGCCGCAGCGGCACUAUGCGCUUUCCUCGACGGCGGCGCUGCAGCUUGCGCCGUCGCUGCAGCUGAGCAAGCGCGCCGCGUCCGACUUGCUGCAGGAUCUCGAGCGGAGGAACUGGAUCGUGAACCGGGGGGGCUACUAUACCAUGUCUUUGCGCGCGCUCACGGAGCUCGACGCGUACAUUCGCAACGAAUUUGAGGAACACGUAGGGAUGCUGUGGCGCACUGCAUACGGCGUGUAA